AACCAAAAACAUCCCUCAAAAUCUCCAUGUAAUAAGUCAUGAAUGGGUUGAAUAGAACGAAAACAUUAAUACAAGUUGUCAGAUUGAAAUAUGGAAGAGUAGUAAACCCAACCACUUCAGUCCAACUCAGAAUUGUUAAAACUUGCAUUAUUUACUCUGAAAAGAACAUGUACAAAUUCAGGCACUAGCGUCGAUCCGUGGUCCCGAUUGGCGAUUGUUAUGGCCACGUCUGGCAGUCUGAUUUGCCAGUUGUGUAUUUUUCUUGCUGCUUGUAUCUUUACCACAUCAGGCAACGUCAAAAAGCAUUCUUGGAUCUUGCUAUUGCUGCUAACAUCAUAACCUAACCAUACCUAGCAAAACUAAGCCUAAGUUAAGGUAACCUAACUUAACCUAUCCUUACUAGAUCUAACUUAAUUAAACCGGUAAAUGAGCUGAAAGAAAAUCAAGAAAUUGCUGCCAGCAUUAUUAAUUUGUGACACAUAUGUAUGAUGUUCACAGUACUCAGCAUGAGGAAUUCUCAGCACUGAGACAUGGCACCUAAGUAGAAGCGAAUGUGUAAAUUUGUUAAUACUCCAUAUAUUAAUUAUCUACCUUACACAUUAACACUGCUGGUAAGAUGCACUAAUGGCAAUUCAGAUCUGCCAUGGACCAAAUGUUAAUACUAGUUGCCAUGUCCAAUAGUUUAUUUUAUUUAUUUAUUUAUUUAUUUUAUUAUUAUUAUUUUUUUUUUUGCAUAUGUAAAUUACUGUAUUUUUUCAGUAAUCUCUCUCUAUCUCUCUCUAAAAAUCCACCAUUCAGCUUAUUUCAAUUGCUGAAAAAGAAGUACUAUAUAUGUAUAAUAUAUGUAUAAUAAAUGACAUUCCUUAAUUCACUAAGUCACCUUCACAUAGAUAUUUCUUCAUCAUACUAGGAAGGUGAUAGAGGCAGUGGAGGAAGGUAGCAAUAUUUCAGCUGCCUCCAUCCAUUUCAUAUAAAUUGUGAAUCAGAAUGGAAUAUUAUGUAGUGUAGGAUUUGGUCUGUUGUUAUGAGAUUCUUGUUAGGGAGAUUCUUGGAUAUCAGUUAGGAGACAAGAAUUGCAAGGUAGCAGAUUGCAUAGUUGAAUAUUUUCUUGCUCAUCAUGUAAAAUAGAAUAAAAUAUAAGACUUUGAGUUGAUUGGUGACUAGUGACAUUUAGUACAUUGGUUCUGUAUAUUGAAGACAGCUUUUAGAGAAACUAAGAUGUGGAGAUUCUCAUUCAGCAUAUUGUACUUGUGUAAUGUAAUCAUUUGGUUUGUCUUCCAUGCUUAGCAGAUGGAGCAGUAUAUGUUAUGCAUCCUGCCCAUUUUAUGACUUCUUUCUUGUAUUUUACUGUCACAAACUAGAAGAUUCCUCCAAUUCUAGUUGCACUGCCCAGAGGACCCCACCAUGUCAUCAUUCAAACUGCAGUCUGGUGAUACGGAAUUCAACACUCGGGUGGAUGCACUCUUCUUCCUCCAGACAGCAGCUAAGGAUCUUGAGCCACAGCUAAAACGGAAGCAUGAAGAGGCUGAACAGGAGGAGGAAGAGAUAGAGGAUGACAGAGAGAAGCAGCCCUUCAGACGACCACAGGGACGCCCUCCACUGUGGCGAGGGCGAGGUGGCAGAGGUAGAGGAAGAGGACCAAGGAAUAGUACACCAGACUACAUAAAGAAUCCGCAGAAGUGGACUCAAUACAACAUGCGUGACACUCGUGUGCUGAGUGACUCGGAGAACAAACGUGAAGGGCUGAAACUGCUAGCUGAUCUGGAAGCACGAACUGACAAGGACAAUGCUGCAGCAGACCAAGACAUGGACUUUGAGGAAGAUCCAUGUCCUAAGAUCAUCUUCAAAAAACCCUCUGUCUCUUCAUUUAUUGAGCCUAAGUAUUCAAAGUCGGCAGAAGAUAAGGCAGAAGAGGAGGUUAUGGAAAAGCUCGACACAGAAUUCGGAGCUUCAAAGAAAUUUGUAAUGCCAGAGUAUGUGGUUGGCAAGAAAAAGCCUAAAUCAAAGGGAAAGCUAACUGAUGAAGAUAAAGUUAUUGAAGAAAGGGAGAAAAAAGAAGUAAAACUGAGUUACUUGAUGUUUGAAGAGGAAGAUUAACUUCUAGGGUAAAAUUGAAGAUUUGUAUUUCCCCAAUUUUUUUUUUUUUUUUUUUUUUUACAGCAUUAAUUUUUUUUACUAAACAAGAACCAUCAUGGUAAUCAAUUGGAUUAAAUUAGUUUAAAAUAGCAUAAUAUGCACUCACCUUUCCUGUCACUAUAGUAUUGAGGUGCAUCACACAGCUGUCAAAGAAACUCCUGUACAGUGUGUGUGUGUGUGUGUGUGUGUGUGUGUGUGUGUGUGUGUGUGUGUGUGUGUGUGUGUGUGUGUGUGUGUUACUUGACUGAGUUCAUAUCUCAAGUCUGUGUUGUCAUCAUUGUGCAGUUGCAGGUGAAACUGAAUCCUUUUGAAAGCUAAAUAAAUACUUCAAUUAUUUAUCUAUAUCAUCUAUAUCAAUAUGGCAUCCCAAUAAAGAUUGAUAUAUAUAUAUAUAUAUAUAUAUAUAUAUAUAUAUAUAUAUAUAUAUAUAUAUAUAUAUAUAUAUAUAUAUAUAUAUAUAUAUAAAAGAAUGAUUAUGGAUGGUCAUAAAAUAUAGAUAACAUAAACAUACCUCGUAUAAGUAAGUUAUCUAUUAAUCUAUUGAUAUACCAAGCUGGCACACACACACACACACACACAUCAGUGGAAAGGGAUAGUGUUGUGGCCUAUCAUACUACACCCGAGGAAUCUAGCACAGCAUAGCUGACCACACACAUCCACAGCAACACACAACAGUACACAAUGAUUUACCUCUGUCUCAGACACUGUUCUCUAUCCCCCACAUACUACAGACAGGGAAUUAAGUUAUAAUUCAUAAUAAUUUAGAAUCAAUCUCAGUUAAUUCUUUUCCUUGAUUACAAUGUAACAUUUUAACUAAAGGUGUAAUUAAUAAUUAUCUAAUUGUUGAUUAAUGUGUCUGCUUUUCCAAAUACAAUUUUGUCUCUCAAUCUGGCACAAAAAGGCUAA